AUGCAAAUAUUAGCUCUUCCAAAAGAAACUUUGGAUAAACUAGACAGAGUUCAGAGAGAUUUUUGGUGGAAAAAAGAUGAUUCCAAGAAAAAAGGAGGAUAUAUAAAGGCGUGGAAUAAUAUGUAUAGACCUAAAUCGCAGGGAGGAUUAGGCAUCAAAAACCCACAUAAAUUCAAUAUAGCUCUGCUAACAAAGCUAUCCAGUAGAGUAAUAAUUGAAAAGGAACAACUAUGGGUAAAACUUCUAGAAGCCAAAUAUUUUGAUAAAGGAAACCCAAUGGAACCAACUAGAAACUAUGAGCUAUCUUGGAUUUGGAAAAGCAUUCAAAAGGGUCUGAACAUCAUAAAAGGAAACUACACUUGGCAGGUGAAAAAUGGUAAUCAGGUGAAGAUUUGGGAAGACCAUUGGAUACCUAAUGAAGACAUUGUGAAACAACCAACGGAUAUAGAAGAACCCUUACCACAAAAAGUAAAUGAGUUAUUAAAUACAAACGGAGAGUGGAAUUAUGAUCUAGUUACUAGCUUAUUCACUCCUGAAAUAAAGGAAAAGAUUCUGACUAUUCAGCCUAGAGAGGAAGAUUCAGAUUAA